GCCGCGCCCGAUCUUGCCGCACAGUUGGUCGUCGAAAGGUCCUAGGAAACCACACUUCGGUCAUACCGUAACUGAAUCUUUUAAUAACCGUUAUUUAUCCAAGAAAAAUUCAACAAAAUGCGUGAAUGUAUCUCAGUUCAUGUUGGCCAAGCUGGCGUCCAAAUUGGUAACGCUUGCUGGGAGUUGUACUGCCUUGAACAUGGUAUUCAACCCGAUGGGCAAAUGCCCAGUGACAAAACCGUUGGGGGAGGCGACGACAGUUUCAACACUUUCUUCAGCGAAACUGGUGCUGGGAAACACGUUCCUCGCGCAGUUUUCGUUGAUUUGGAACCCACUGUUGUUGAUGAAGUAAGAACUGGAACAUACAGACAAUUGUUCCACCCAGAACAACUUAUCACCGGAAAGGAAGAUGCUGCCAAUAACUAUGCCAGGGGUCAUUAUACGAUUGGAAAAGAAAUUGUCGAUUUGGUUUUAGACAGGAUUCGUAAAUUGGCUGAUCAAUGUACUGGUCUUCAAGGAUUCUUGAUUUUCCACUCAUUUGGAGGUGGAACUGGUUCUGGCUUCACUUCCUUACUCAUGGAACGUUUGUCUGUCGAUUAUGGAAAGAAAUCUAAAUUGGAAUUUGCAAUCUACCCAGCUCCCCAGGUUUCCACAGCAGUUGUUGAGCCAUACAAUUCCAUUUUGACCACCCACACCACCUUGGAACAUUCCGAUUGCGCAUUCAUGGUCGACAACGAAGCCAUCUAUGACAUCUGCAGACGUAAUUUGGAUAUCGAGCGCCCCACAUACACCAACUUGAACCGUUUGAUUGGCCAAAUUGUUUCCUCCAUCACCGCUUCCUUACGUUUCGAUGGUGCCCUCAAUGUCGACCUUACUGAAUUCCAAACUAACUUGGUUCCAUAUCCUCGUAUCCAUUUCCCUCUCGUUACAUACGCCCCUGUUAUUUCCGCUGAAAAAGCUUAUCAUGAACAACUUUCUGUAGCUGAAAUUACCAACGCUUGUUUCGAACCUGCCAACCAAAUGGUAAAAUGCGAUCCUCGUCAUGGUAAAUACAUGGCUUGUUGCAUGUUGUAUCGUGGAGAUGUCGUCCCUAAGGAUGUAAACGCCGCGAUUGCCACCAUCAAAACUAAACGUACCAUCCAAUUCGUCGAUUGGUGUCCAACCGGUUUCAAAGUUGGUAUUAACUAUCAACCACCAACAGUUGUCCCAGGUGGAGAUUUAGCUAAGGUUCAACGCGCCGUCUGCAUGUUAUCCAACACGACUGCUAUUGCUGAAGCUUGGGCCCGUUUGGAUCAUAAAUUCGAUUUGAUGUACGCUAAACGCGCUUUCGUUCAUUGGUACGUUGGUGAAGGUAUGGAAGAAGGUGAAUUUUCCGAAGCUCGCGAAGAUUUAGCCGCUCUUGAAAAGGAUUAUGAAGAGGUUGGAAUGGAUUCUGGUGAAGGCGAAGGAGAAGGAGCAGAAGAGUAUUAAAAGAAAGGAAUUUCCAUUUAUGCUGUAUUUUUUUUGAUACUGAAUUUUUUUAUCUGAUUUGUUUUUUUAACAAUUUUCUUUUAAU